CACCCGACCCCGAGAUCGGGACGCGGGAACGCGGCCUGAGGGAAGGGUAGCCAUCAUGACUGCCCAGGGCUGUAGCCCUCUGACCCCGCUGCUGGAAACUCUGGAGGAUCCCGCCGCCUCUGUCGGAGAGCAGGUGGAUGCCUAUCUGACCUUGGCCAGUCGACUGACUGGAGAAGAAGGAAAAGAAUUCAUUGUCGAAAUCAAGAAACAGCUUCCUCGCCUUUACAAAACAUUUAAGACUCACAUUUCUAGUCAAAACUCAGAGUUGAAUAGUGCUACUCUACAAGCUAUGGGGUUUUGUUUAUAUAACCCCCAAAUUACUUCAGGAUUAACAGAAAAAGAAAUGCAAGAGCUGCUUUCACAGUUGACUGAUAGUGCUACAAAGAGUUCAGACAAAAAUACACGUACUCGAGCACUUUGGGUAAUGUCUAAACAGACAUUUCCCAGUGAAAUUGUUGGCAAAGCCGUACCCAGUAUAAUUACCAUGUUAGAAGUAGUAUUUAAUAAGGUGGAUGUGCAUUCUAUGGUGGUUGAUUAUGAAGCACUAAAUGUUAUCAUACGACUAAUAGAGCAAGCCCCUGUUCAGAUGGAAGAAGAAGCAGUGAGGUGGGCAAAGCUGAUCAUACCUUUAGUGGUGCAUUCCGCACAAAAGGUACAUUUGCGGGGAGCAACUGCAUUAGAGAUGGGAAUGCCAUUGUUGCUCAAGAAACAGCAAGAAGUUGCAGCUGUUACUGAGCAGCUUAUGACAACUAAACUAAUUCCAGAACUGCAAAAGCUAUUCAUGACUAAAAAUGAGACAUAUGUGUUGAAAUUAUGGCCUUUGUUUGUUAAACUUCUUGGAAAGGCUCUUCAUCGAAGUGGGAGUUUUAUCAACUCAUUGUUACAGCUGGAAGAACUUGGAUUUCGUAGUGGAGCACCAGUGAUAAAGAAAAUUGCUUUUAUUGCCUGGAAAAGUUUGAUAGAUAAUUUUGCAUUAAAUCCAGAUAUAUUGUGCAGCACAAAGCGACUCAAGUUGCUAAUGCAGCCUUUGAGCUCUAUCCAUGUGAGAACAGAAGCUCUAGCACUGACAAAACUGGAAGUCUGGUGGUACCUACUAAUGAGGCUUGGACCUUAUCUUCCUACAAAUUUUGAACAGGUUUGUGUACCUUUGAUUCAAAGCACAAUAAGCAUAGACUGCCAUACUGUAUCCCAAGGAACUCCAUCCCGUGGAGCAGCUAAUACAGGCUUAAACCCUGUUACUCCUAACCAGAAAGCAGGAUCUUUCCCAUUUGGAUCUCCUGUUACACCCAGGAUGAAUUUGUCUCCUAAUACCACUGGAAUGACAGCCAUCCCAUCCAUUCAACUCUUGGGAAUUGAAAUGUUACUUCACUUCUUGCUGGGUCCAGAGGUUUUGGAAUUUGCUAAGAAAAACAAACUUGUGCUGAGUUUAGAGCCUCUUCAGCAUCCUCUAAUAAAUAGCCCUUCAUUCUUUUGCAAACAUGCAAAUAUACUCAUAGCUGCAGUUCAAGACAGCUUUAUUGCUGUUGGAAAAGAUGCUUCAGAUGCUGUGAUAUAUGCCAUAUGGAAAGAUAUUAUUUGCUUUGUGAAGUCAGUUAUUGAAUCAGGUAACAAAAAAGAAAGGCAGGGCUCAGAAGUAUUGACCCUUUUACUACAGUCUUUGAAAAACAUAGUGACAGCCGAUGCAUUUCCUGUAUCAAAAACAUUGGUCCUCAUAGAAAUUACAAUUAAAGGACUACCUCAGAAAGUAUUAGGUUCUCCAGCAUAUCAAGUUGCUAACAUGGAUCUUCUUAAUGGAACUCCAGCUUUGUUCUUAAUUCAAUUAAUUUUUAGUAAUAAUCUCUUGGAAUGUGGUGUGGCUGAUGAAAGGUUCUUUCAAAACCUGGAAACACUUGUAGGUUGUGUUCUUACUGGCCCAACUUCUCCACUAGCUUUCAGUGAUUCUGUUUUAAAUGUUAUUAAUCAAAAUGCAAGGCACCUUGAUAACAAGGAGCAUCUGUGGCGAAUGUGGAGUAUUCUAGUCAACCCGUUAACUGAACUGAUUAACCAGACCAACGAAGUAAAUCAGGGAGAUGCAUUGGAGCACAAUUUCAGUGCUGUCUAUAGUGCAUUGAUGCUACCAAUAACCCAUAUUUUUCCAGCGCAAGAGUUUCCAUUGCCCACUAUGAAGUCAUUACUUCGAACUUGGUCAGAAUUGUAUCGAACAUUUGCCCGUUGUGCAGCUUUGGUAGCAACAGCAGAAGAAAAUUUAUGCUGUGAUGAACUUUGUCUCAAGAUGAUGUCUGUCUUAGAUGACAACACCUUUGCAAACUUGUCCUUUUUGGAUAGGAUUGCCCAUGUUGCUAUAGUUAUAGUUGAAUGUAUCAAUUUUUCACCGUACAAUACUAAACAUCAACCCCAAAUUAAAUUACCACAGACACCUACAGAUUGGUCCAAGAAAAAAAAAGAACCUUUAGGGAAGUUGACUUCCUUAUUUAAAGUUAUCCUGAAGAUGAUGGUUGCAUUCCAUGAUGUCAGCUUUAAGGAUCUUCAUUCAGAAACACUCCUCUCUGUUGGUAGUUCAAUUAUCAGCAUCAUUUCUACUAUUCUUGGCCAUGUGUCUUUGCCUUCAGUGAUACAGACAAUCUUUGCAACUUUAACAAAGCCUCUGGCAUUGUUAUAUGAAAAUUCAAAGCUGAACGAUGUGCCUAAAGUGUAUAAUUGCCUCAACAACAAGUUAGAAAAGCUCUUGGGAGAGAUUCUCAGAUGUCUUCAGUUUCGCUACAAUGGCACUUACAACAGUGAGCUUUUAGAACAGCUCUCUCCAUUAUUGUGCAUAAUAUUUCUGCACAAAAAUAAACAGAUCCGCAAACAGAGUGUUCAGUUCUGGAAUGACACAUUUGCUAAAGAGACUCUGCUGGAGUAUCCUGAAGAACUAAAGACUGUAUUGAAACAAGCCAAACAGAAAUGUUUGCUUUUGUUACCUGGUUUUGAGGUUGAACCAGUAGAAGAAUCUGGUGGCCUCUAUUCAGAGGGAACAGAAAAUUCACAAUUAGACACAAAGAUAAGUGGUAUAGAAAUACAGUCUCGUGGAAAGCAAGAUUUUUUAUCAUCAUGUUCAAAGAAUCUGAAAGGAAAAGAUCUAAAAUCACCAUCUAAGAUGAAACUUGAAUUUUUGUCUCCUAAAUUAAAAAAAGAUGUCAAUUUGGAAGAUUGUUCAUCUGUUGAUUUUGUGUUUAUCCCUCCCAAUGAGAAAGAAACAAAGGAAAGAAUUCUAACUGAACAUCAGAAAGAAGUACUUAGAACAAAGAGAAGUGAUAUUCCUACUCUGUAUAAUAAUCUGGAUGUAUCACAAGAUAGUUUUUCUUACCAUACUCAAGAAGAAACUAUGGAAAAUCCAAGUUUAAAUGAAGAACUAAAGGAAGACUCAAAGAUUAUCACGAAGGAAGAAGAGAAUAUUGAUGCAAAGAACAAUACUGGAGAUAUCAUAGUAGAUAGUAGUAUUGAGAAGCAUCCUGAAAAACCCUCUAUCCCAAAAUAUAAGUUGCAGAGUUGCCAUGAAAAGAACAAUUUAUUAUUAAAUAUUAAAAAGCACAUUGAAAAAAAUUCUUCUAAAAUUGUUUCAAGGGAGCCUUCAGGAGAAAAUGCAUGCAUCAGUGAAAAUACUUUGAAUACCAAUAAUAGCUCAGUUUCUAGUGGACCUGUAAGUCGAAGACAGUCUUUUAUUACUUUGGAAAAAUUUGAUACUUCAGAAAACAGACCCUUUAGUCCUUCUAUCUUGAAUACUGUAUCAGGAACUGUUUCAGUGUCAGAGAACCAAGAAAACAUGGAUAUAGCAAGUACCUCAGUGAAAAUAAAGACCAAAGAAGUAAAUAUUUCAAAAUCUGAUAAAGAAAAAAACAUGAGUGGAUCCAAAAAAGCAGUUCGAAGGCCAAAUAAAACAGAACACACAGGAAAUAAAAGACCUAAGCUGUUAAGAUCAGAACAAGAAAAAAAUGCUCAAGAAUCUGGUGGUUCUAUAAUGCCUGUAGAAAAUAAGUUGGCUGAUUCACUGGAUCAUACAGAGGAUACCCAGGAUGCUCUUCCUCAAGCUAAAGUAUUGGAAUGUGAAGAAGUAAAGUUUCAACAUCCAGUAGAAAGUCCUGCAGUUGUAGAAAACAUUGCAGAAGGAAAUGAUUUAGGAAAUAAUUUGGAAUCGAAAGAAAAUACACCUCCAGAGAUACUACCCACAACAGACCAAAUAUCUACUGAUGAUAGUCAUAUGCAGGUAUCCUCUAAUCAAAAAACUCUUAGAAGGUCUUCAAGACGACGCUCAGAUAUAGAAUGUACUCCAGAUAAACAAGAUAAAGAAAAUAGUCAAGAAAAAAAGGAAAGGAGAAAGGAAGAGGAGAGGUCUGUUCAGAAGAAGCUAUCACAAAUGAAAGAGGAUGUAUCACAAAAGCAGAAACCAAUUUCUGAAAAAAAUGUAGGCGAACAAGAACAUUUAAGUAAGAAAGCAAACAAUUUACUUGAGAAGACUUCAGAACAAACUAACAUUGAAAUUAACAAAUUAAAACCUGAAUUUGAGAGCAUUAAGUCAAAUACUGAUGAUUUGCAGGACUGUAGUUCAGAUAAAUCCUCACAAAAACCAUUAAGAGGACGAACAAGGUAUCAGACAAGGAGAGCAUCCCAAGGUUUACUUUCUAGUAUUGAAAAUUCUGAAUCUGAUAGUUCAGAGACUAAAGAAGAAAUUUCUAAUAAGAAAAAAUCUGGAAAAUGGAAAAACAAAGGUAGUAGUCUUGAAAAUGAAAACACUAAGGGAAAAGUAGGAAGUAAGGACUGUCUACGCUCUGAAACUAAAAGUGAAGGAAAAAAUGAAGGUGAAACAAGUUCUGAAUUGAACACAGAGAUAAGAUUGUCAUCUCAAACUUUUAAUAUGAACAGUGAACAGAACUCUUCAAUUAUUGAUGUUUCUAUAGUAUCUGCAGACCUAUCAGGAGUUUCUAGUGAUACAGAGAACACAAAUGAGGAGAAAAGUAAAACUAGCACAUUUUCACAAGAUUCCGGUACACACUGUUCUGUGCCAGAGUUAACUUUAAGGACUAGAAAUGUAAAUAAAAAACUUCACAAACAAGAUUCUUCAGACACUAGUGCUAUUUCUCCAGGGGGAGAUGGAUCAGAUAUAUCAGAUACCUCUUUGCUUUCUGAAAACCCCCUACAGUCAAUUGAAUGUCUUCACAAAAGAAGUAGGAGGGUAAGAAGAUCAAAGAGCUGUGAGUGUUGUGGAGAAAAGUCAAAACUUCAGGAAAAAUUCUUAACUUCAUUAAAAAACACAGACAGUUAUGAUGUAAAAAUGGAUGAACCACAAAAGUUAGCUUUGCAGUCCACUGAGUGUCCUUUGGAAACUUCUUACGUGGGCACAAACUUAGAAGUAAAACCUUUAAAGGAAUCUUGUGCUGCUAUUGUACCAUUACUUUACAAGAAAGAGAUUGAGGCUUUGAAUGAUUCAAUGACUGUAUCAGAAAAUGAAUUGAAAGAAAAUUCAGAUUUUGAGGAUCAUCCUCCCCUGGAAAGAAUAAACUUUGAAAACGAAACUUGUGUCAUCGUUAAUAAUGAAACAGACAUUUUAGUGCAAGAACCUUCUCAUCAGGCUAAUAAAAUGAUUGAUUCUGGUGUACCAAUUAAUAAUUCUCAAGAUUCUUUUGAACAGAAACCUGUUGUAGAGGUGAGCCGAGAACAACCAGUAACUUCAUUAAAAAAGGAAAUAAGUCAGAAUGUAGAAAGAAAGAAUACUGAGGAUGGAAAUAAUACACUUGAAGUAAAGACAGAAUCUGAUCCUGAAGCAGAAAUAAAGCAUGAAACUAUUGUUAUGACUGAGAUAGACAAGUUUAAGUCAAGUGCUGAUGUGGAUGUCCCUGAGGUAAGGAUGGAGGUUGACCCAUCUGAGCAAAGUGCCAUGGCAGACAGGGGAACCACUGAGCCUGAGGCUGGAGCAGAUACUGCCCAAGACAAAACACUUACCGAUACCAAUGCUGGGAUGGGCAGUGCCCAGGGCAAAGCACUUGAGGCAAGUGCUGAAACUGAUGUGUUACAGUCCCCUGAGAAAAUGAAUACUGUAGAAGCAAAAGCAGAAUCUGGCACACCAGAAAAAGUAAAAGCAGACAUUGAUGACACUGAAGAAACUAAGAUAGAUCAAGGUCAUGUUGAAGCAGAAGAAAUCAAUGAUAAAGUUUUAGAGAAAAUUCAGGAUACUUCAGAGAAAGUGGAAGAACCAUCAAAAAUACUUGCAAAUGUUUCUGAGGUGAUAACAGAAGAAAGUAAUGUUUCUCCUCAGAAGUUAAGGGGAAUAGACACUCAAUCUGAAAAUGAUAGCCCAAGUGGAGUACAGACACGCUGUAUAUGGUCUCCGUUGGCUUCUCCCUCCACCAGCAUUUUGAAGAGAGGAAUAAAAAGACAACAAGAAGAUGAGGUCCCAUCACCUCUUAAUAAGGUUCGACGGGUUUCAUUUGCAGAUCCAAUUUACCAAGAAGGUUUGGCAGAUGAUAUUGAUAGGAGAAGUCCAAUUGUUAGAGCACAUUCUUCUCAUUCUUCAAAUAAUUCUUCAACUGCUAAAAAUCUUAAAAGUUCCCCUACUUCACAGUCCAAGCAUAAUACCACUCCAACCAAAGGAUUUCUGUCCCCAGGAUCACGUAGCCCUAAAUUUAAGAGCUCAAAGAAGUGCUUAAUUGCUGAAAUGACCAAAGAAUCCCCUCAAUGUUCUAACGAAAGUAUAUAUCCUGCCUUGGUGAGCUGCGGAGCACCUGUUGACAUUAUUUUACCUCAGAUUACUUCAAACAUGUGGGCAAGAGGCUUGGGACAGCUCAUUAGAGCAAAGAAUAUUAAGACAAUUGGUGAUCUAAGCACUCUUACAGCAACUGAAAUAAAAACUCUUCCUAUCCGUUCUCCAAAAGUGUCCAAUGUUAAGAAGGCUCUCAGAGUAUAUCAUGAGCAGCAGAUGAAAUCUCGAGGACUAGAAGAAAUUACCCUUAUUGAUGUCUCAGAGAAGUCAUUAAAUGGAAUGGAAAAUAAACCCAUUUCUCCUGAUGAAGAAACAUUUGCUUCAGAUUUAAUUGAGCCAGUUGCUUCAGAUGGUCAGCAGGCCAGAAAUCUCGUGGCCCAGAUCAGUGCUCUUGCUCUUCAGCUAAAUUCAGAAGAUCUGCAUAAUUAUUCGGGAAGCCAGCUUUUUGAAAUGCAAGAGAAACUGGGUAGCAUGACUAACUGCAUAAUGAAAAAUCUUCAGUCUCGAUGGAGGUCACCACCCCAUGAAAGCUCUACUUAGGAUUUCCUUAGGAUAACAUAGAAGUUCUUUAAUAUCACAGUUUUUGUUAACUGACGAUGGCCACUCUGAAACAUUCCAUAAACACAGGUUUAGAAUUUAGAAACUGAAUUAUUUGCAGAGUAGAUCUUUUUAACUAUGAGCAGUAUAUCAUGAUGUACAUUGAAUUUUUAAAAUUUUGUGGGAUCCCUUUUUUUCCAUGUGAAGUAUUUGUUCAUUUGCUGCUAUGCAUCAUUUUUGAAGUAUUUCAAGUGAGAUUUUUACUAAAACAUGAGGAAAGACUGAAAUCAGAUGUUCCUAAAUUAAAACAUUUUUACUCCUUCAAAACUUUAUGUAAAAUGACAUUUUAAGUAAGUGAAAUUGAAAAUGUUUUAUUUGAAAGCCAGAUUACUUGCAGAGCUAUUACUAGUGUUUGGUACUCCCAUUUCCUGCCUGGAUUUGUUGGGCCUGAGAGCUAAGGAAGUCUUUUUUUGAUGAGGCAUCUCCGGAGCAGAAUCAAGGGGUUUUUUUGGUUGUUGUUUUUCUCUUCUCCACAGUGACGUUAACAUGCUUUUGCAUGAUUUUAUGGACAAGUCCCAUGAAAAGUGAAAUGCUAACCAAAAAAAAUCAUCUUGGCAUUGUCAUGUUAAACAGAUUUCCUGAGCUCUUUUCAUUUGCGCGGCAAAUGAAAAUGUAGCAGUAUUUUCCCAUGGGAAUUUGUUUCUCUGGGACAUAACCAAUACAGUUAAGUGCAUAACCAUUUGUAUAUUAUGUAUAGAUUAUAGAUGUUGGUUUUUAAUUUAUAAAUUUCAUCUGAUUAAUUGCAUGGAUUGUCCUUCUCGUAAAGACCUUUUGCGUAAGAAUUCUUGGUUUUACAUUAUAGAAAUCGAUUUUGUAUAUAUUAUGUACUGUAUUGCCAAUAUGGAGGGUCUUCAUGAGAUCUCUUUAUUUGUACAUAAAGAACCCUACAAAGUCCUACAACAGAGAGCGCAGUAAUUGGUCAAUGAAAUCUUAGCUGAAAAGAUGAGUACAUGUUAUCCAAAAGAUACCAGAUCACAAAAUUACUGAAAUGCUAAAUGAUUUUGGUUUUCAGUUCCCCUUUAUGUUUUUUGUGUGUAUGUAUGUAUGUGUCUGUCUGUCUCUCUGUCUCUCUGUCUCUCUCUCUCUCUCUCUCUCUCUCUCUCUCCAUAUAUAUAUGGAUUCAAUCAAAGGAAGACCACUUGAAAGUUUGCCAGUUUUAUUGAUGCUUUCUGAAAGUACAUUUUGUUUAGAAAGGUUUAGCUCAGUUUAACCAGUGAAAAACCUAGAAGGUUUGAUUCUUUUUGGGGAGCCCACACUUGACAUGUUUUCCUUUUACGGCUACCUGAUUUGAGAAAACUUGAACAAAAUUAAAUUGUGCCAAAUAAUAUCAUCAUUACUAAUGCCUGGCGUCCCAUUCCAUACUUUACAUUUAAUUUCACUUUCAUGACUUUUUUUAAACAGCAGAUGAGUUCAGCUAUUUUUAUUCCCUCAGCAUUACUUUCUCUUCAGUACAAAAAAAUACACCUUCUUAAAUAGGUUGUGAUCCAUUAGCUCAUUGGGUAGAUACCAAAGUCAUCAGCUCAGUUCUCUGGACCUAUUAGGUUUCAUUGGCCACAGUGUGGGUAAUAGCUUUCUUAAAAGUAUAUGCUUAAAGGCCUUGGGGGAAAUUGAGUUAGAACAUGGGCAGAUCAGUAAGACUAAUCCCCACCAUUUAGAGAAAGAAAACAAACCCUCUAAUCUAAUAAAAAUGGGUUCAUUGGUGUUGUCUUUGUUUUUGAUUUUUGCUGGAAAUAAGUAAUUCUAUAUAUUGCAGUUUGAAGAAAGUCAGAUUAGGGGUAGCUAGAUAUUUUAAACAGAUAUUUUAUCACUUAUAGUUUACACCCACCAUCUCCAAGUGAUUUACAUGGUUCUUGCCCAAGAAUCUUUUUUCCCAAAAAAAAAAAUUAUUCUUAAGAAUAGUAAAAAGAUAAAAAUAGGUCAGUAUUUUUCAUUGGAUCUAGAACAAGAUGGAGGAAUGGCAGAAGAAAAAAAAGAUGGCUUUUCAGACACUCAAAAUUAGUGUAUUUUUAUUAACAUUCAUUUUAACACCAUCAAAUUCACAGAAAAUCAAGCCAAGUAGCAUUAGAAUAUUCAAACUUUUGAACAUUCACCUAUAUAAAUUUGCAGAUAAUUUCUCACAGUUGCAUUUUAGAUUCUAAAAUAUACAGUGGGGGUUUUUUUACUUUUGUUUUGCACAAUUCUGAGAAUUUCAUUCACCACUCCCUUGGUUAAAUAGGAUUUUUUCCUGUCACCUCUACUUACAUGUCUUCUGCUCUACUUCUAGAUACAGGAACACUUCAUUUGGAUUCUAGUGAAAGACCAAUCAGAAUCAGCAAAAAGACUGAAAUAUGAAUUCUUUAUGGAGAAAUUGGUUCAGUAACUUCAAGGACCUCUAGAUUGAACUAGGCUAGUAAGGUUAACCUAAGAUUAGCAAGUAAAAAACCUUGGGAAAGAGGAAAAAAAUUUUUUAAUUAGGCCCCUGUGUCUCUCAAAAAGAGGCCCUAUUUGGACUAGGUAUUCCCUGACAUGUUGUUUCAUUCUAAAUCUGCUUUACUAUUUGUUUUGCUAGAGUAGGCUGAAGUUUACCUCUAUUCUAUCUGCACUGUUGUAAAAAAAUUUCUUAAUGAAGUUUUACUGUAGUCUUUUAGUUAUCUAACUUAAUCUAUGGAGUUCAGACAGAUUCUUUAUUAUAGGUUUAUUAGCAUUUGUCAAUAAUGUUUGGGUUCCUGGGAUUUAAUAACUUGAUCUUAACCACAAAUAGAGCAAAAAUUGGUUUCAUUAAUAGGAAAGAACCAUUGGAUAACAGUGUUGGAAAAAAAAAGGCUUUAAAUCUGAAUAAAAGCAUCUUAAGUUUGAGUUUUUGGCAAUGGAUUAUUUUCCAUAUAGAGAUUAAUAAAUGACUAAGUGUUCUGUUAGACAUUAAAUAUUUAAGUGUAAAUAUUUAGUCAGUCUCCUACCUAUUUAUGUGGAUUGUCGGGAGGAGGUGGGUGGAUGAGGAUCAAGGAUCUGGCUUUAGUGCCAAGUGAUUUAGGAUUACAAAAGAUAAAUACAAAUAGAAAUUGAAGUAAGAAAUUAGGGAGAGAUAUAAUACUAAUUAAUUGGAGAUACUAAUGAGUUCUCUUGUUCUCCCCAUCCUCUCUAAUUUGGUCAACUUUGUAAAUCAUUUGUAAAGAGCUCAGUUAGCUUUCCCUUAGACUUGAAAGUUGAUUUUGCUUAUGGUAUUUGAUCAAGUAUCCCAGGAGGCCAUAAAUUCAUCAUUUUAACAGAUGUUGAUAGUUAUUAGUUAUGAUUGGUUUUGGCUUUAUUAAUGCUUUCAUAAGCUUUGGGGGGGGGGGUGGGCAGAGGGUUGUGGUCUCCAACCUGCUGGAGCUAUUUUGCACUUUAGAGAAAUCUUGAUUCAUUCUUUUCAUACUGAGUAUCAGACUCAUUUGAUUAUCAGAAUUUUAGAAUGAGCCUGAAAACAAAAUCUGGAGAGAGUUGAAAUGUCAAGAGUAGAACUUUUAAGUAAUAAAAUUUAGAAGUUUUUGCUUUUGACCUACAAAAAUCUUUUAAGCUGUGAAGUAUUCCAUUUUAAUAGUUAAACCAGCCCUUAGGAUUUAGUUGCAUUGGGAGUUUGCUUCCCAAAGCUGUGAGGUAAAAUCCCUCAACUCAUUUGUUAAGAUUUUCUUGAGUUUUCAAAUUUAAGGGAAAAAAAAAUUCCUUGGGGAAUGUUAAUGGUUAGUGUUAUCUGAAGGAUAAGAUUUUCCAGAAAUCCUGUCACAGAGAGAUGGCUUCAUUAAAACCUGAGUUCAAGUUGUGCCUCUGAUGUUUAACUAUGUGACCUCAGGGCAAGCAAUUUAACUUCUGCAUUAUUCUCCUAAGCAAGGCUUUUAAAAGAUUCAUCUGACAGCUUUAGGAGGAAUUUCUUCAUUAGAACUCCUUUUAUUUAUGAAAUCACAGGUAGGUCUAGUAUUAAAAAAAAAAAAAGCCUACCUAUAAGAAGGCAAAUGUUUAUUUCCAAAUAGGCCAGAUAAUCCUGGGUGAAGUCGAUUUGCUACAGUAGCCUUUAAUUUAAGUGCUAUUCUGAAUAAAGGACAUUUUGUAUUUUCAAGUAUAAAUCCUAAAGAGACAGUUUUGUAUUUAGAUGAGGUUUUGGAGACAUUUGGUAUUCUAAUACUUUCCCCUCUUUGACUAAGGAAAACAAGGUAGAAAAUAACCUUACCUAUGCCAUUCAUGUAGCAAUAACUGUGCUUUGAAAAGUUAAACCAUAUCUAAAUCAAGUAUUUCUUAAUCGCCUUCAUCUGAACAGUACUCACUAACAUCCUUUCCGGAUCUAAUAUUUUUGAUUAUAGGCUAUUUGCAAACUGCUGUCCUAAACACUUUCUUUCUGUAAAGGUUUAUCAAAUUAGAGUUAAUAGGGUUUAUGGGGCUUUUUAUAGUCAAUAAACAAACUGAAGCAAAAAUAUGUAAGUAAGGCAUCAUGGGUAAGUCUCAAAUCAGAAGUACAAAUUACAACUUUAAAAUAGAAUGUGAAUUCAUAAGCUUUUUUCUUUGUGAUGUAUGUCACUACUCUUCCCCACUAACAGCCUCCCAACCGUGCAAAGAAGUACAAACAUUCAAGGGUGUCCAACCUGUCUGAUUCCUGGAAAUGCCAUCAGAUAUCAUAUACGGAUUGCUAAUAGAAUAAUGACCCUUUAAUGAUAAUGAGAUAUCUCUGUAUUUGCUAUUGGCUUCACUAUUAAUCAUAGGUUGCCAGAAGAAAAAUAAAGUCUAUGUCCCCUAAUUGCACGAGAAGCCUUUUGUUAAAGUGGGGAAGGGACUUAAUGUACAGAUGAGAUGCAGGGAAGACAGAUAAUGGCUGAAUAAUCCUACCAAGUAGUCUGGAGUCAUUACAUCCCUACACAUCUGAUUAGAAAGCCUUCUAAUACUUGAGUUGAUAGCCUAGCUUCAGAGGCAUAAUGAGAUAACUGUUUCUCAGUGCAGAAAUUGCUAUGCAUAAUGAACCAUCAAAAAAAAAGGGCCAUGUUCAGACUUGGUAUUUUAGAGUGCAGGGUGUUUUAGAUGUGAGUGUUUUAGUGAGCUGUUUUAGAAUUUUGUAUCAAAAAUAGUUGAAAUUAUUUUGGUACUUAACUUCAGUUGCCUGAAGAUUUUGUAUUACAUGUUUCAUUCCUGAAGGAUCCAAGAUAAGGUGUUAAUGGAAUAAAUAAAAGAAACUUUGGAAUCCUGUAAAGCAUACAAGUGGUAUACUUAAAACAAGUAUAUAUUAGGUUCAUAAAACUUGACUUUGGGUGGUUCUCGUGAUGGAUUUUCAGACUUAGGUAGACAGGAAUAACAGCUCAUAUGACUUGCAAAGCUCUUUCCUCCUAAACUUGUUGGGCAGACAGCAUAAAUCCCAACUAUGUUAUUUAAGUGGGACGAGUUCGAUGUGUAAGUUUGCCUAAAGAAAGUUACUAUGUUUGAAUAAUUGGCUUGGGGGGCUCAAAAUAGUAAUGGCUUUGACGGAUUGUAUUUGAAUUAUUUGCAUCUUGUUAGUGGCCUUAGUGGCACCUGGGGGUGCAAUAGACAUUUCAUAUUUUUGCUAAAACAGAUAUUUUUGGUUCUUCCACUAUUGCAUCUCACUAUCCUUCCCAAUUACAUGUGCCUGCUUUUCUAGUGACAUACUGGAGCAGUCCGUAUUAUUUUAUAGAUUUUUUUUUUUUUAGCUCCUAGUUAUACCACCUCGAAGUGGUAUUUAAUUUAUCAUUGUCCUUUGCAUGAGCAUUAAAUCAUACCUGUGAAUUCAAUAUGUUGGGGCUUGGGGAUUUCAGGAGAGUAUUGAUUCCGUGAUAAUUCCAUCUGUUUUUAACAUUCUACCUCUGUUGGUGGAUAUACUUCUCCACCAUUAUGCACUUAGCAGAACACUGACUGGCAAAGCCUAGUCACAAAGAUUUAAAACAGUUCAGGGGCCCUCCUAUAGUAUUUUUGUGCCUAUCACUUGAACUCGUUUUUCUAAGAGAGUUUAAUUUUACAUUAACAAGAAAUUUAUAUAUUUGAUAAAUACAACAGCUAAGUCUUAAGUAUCCCGAAGUACAAACUAAGUUGUGGAAAUGUAUUGUCAACUUCACAGAGAGGAAACUUGCAGGCAAUCUGCAGAUAAACCUUUGUGGACUUUGGAAUAUGUUAUGCUUUUGCAGUAGCAAGUUUACUUUCCUCCUUAAUUUUGUUAGACUAACUCUGAAUUCUCUGAGUUCAUGAUGCAUCAGUGGCUUAACUAAGUGAGGAGGAGAAAACCCACUGAAGAAACCAUCUUGAAACAACUUAUUAGAAGGAAUAUUAAGAAUUGACUGCAGCUAACAGUUUCUGACUUAAAUGUGAUAUUAAAUGGGAAAGUACUGCUAAAAUAUUUUUUAUUAAUUGCACUUUUUCUCUGAAAUAAAAGUAUAAUGUAAAUAA